CUAUUAAUAUAUUACCGGUAAUUUCCGUUAUGUUUUAAAAUCUUUAACAAUCUCAACUACCAUUGAAAGAAUAUCUACUGAGUUUAAAAGGGCUAGACUACAUAUCAAUAACUGAUAAAAUAAUUUUUUUAAAAUUUUACAUUUCAGCUCUAGAUUUCUUAUCAGUGCCUAGAUCAUUAUGAAUCCUAAGCCAUAAGGACAACAUCAAUUCCACAAUUAAACAUUUCGAUGUUAUUUAGUGAACAUAUUUAACUGUCUAAUGGCUGGAACUUAUGAAGUGACCCACGGUCACAGCCAUGACGUGUUCAUUGUUCUACCAAGUGGUGGAGAGAGACUUCGUAAACUAAUAUACUCAGUGGACUUACAUGGCAGUGACUACACGGUUAGGGAUUCCAAGAUCAUUCUCUUUCAAGAGUUAUCCAUCUUAGAUGUUGAUAAUUAUGACCUGGUUAUCGUUAGGAGUGAUAAUACAACAACUCUCAUGAAUGACGCUGAACCAACAAUAGACUAUCUCUAUGACCUGGCAUCCGAUGCAUACAUUAAAAUUCAGCUCAAAUCUGCUCAGGUCUCAAGCUAGUAAACCAGCUGAUGACAAAUACUCUUAAAGACUAAUUAGUUUUACUUAUUCUAUAUUUUUUUUUUUCAUUCCAUAAUAAUAAAAUAUGUCUGUUUACAUUUACAAAAUAGUGUAUCGGACAAGUAUUCACCAUUAAAGUAUUAUCGAAAGCGAA